AUGAACAAUAAUAACAAUAACAGAAAAAACUACAAUAAUAACUUUUUUAAUGAAUUCGAGAACGACAAAAAAGAAUUGUAUAAAAAAAAUCCAAAUGAUUUGGCACCAAAUUAUGAACAAAACAAAAUGGCUAGACAUAUAGGGAAUAAUAGUGUGCAAAAAAUGGGCCAUAAAAAAAAUAACCAAAAUAAUGGAAAUAAUAAUAUUAGUGGAAAUUGGAAUAAUUAUAACAACAAUCGAGGGUAUGGGGAUUCAAAUAUGCAAAAUAAAGGAAAUAAAAAUAUUUCAAUAAAACGAAACUUAAUAAGUGGCAAGCCAAAUAAAAGUAUGGAACAUAUAAAAAAUAAUAUCAUUAAAAAUAAAAUUUUAAAAAAUUUUAAUUUGGCUAAUAAUAGUUCUUCUAACAAUACUCAUAGUAGUACUAUUCAUAAAAAUGAAUUCAGAAAAAAUUCAGAAAAUAACCAAAAUCAGGCAAUUCAACACUGCUCGAAAAAUUCACAAUUUGAUAAUAAUAAAAAAAUAACACACGAAAAUCAAAACAUAUAUAAUUUCCACAAUAUAACUAAUAGUAACUUAAAAAAUGCUGGGAACGAUAGUUUGAGUGCAAAUAAUAAUAUUUACCAUAAUCCUGAUUUUUUUAAAAAAAAAGAAAAUUCAAAAAAGACUUUAAUAAAUAAUAACUCAAAUAUAUCCUUAAUGGAAAAGAAUGAUAAAAAUAAAAAAUUUUAUGAUUAUUCACAAACUUCAUCUUUUAAAGGAUAUAAUAAUAUAACUAAAGAAAAAAAUAUAUUACAAGGCAAUACUUCUAAUAAUAACUAUUAUCGCACAGAAAAAAAAAACAUUAGUAAAAUUCAAGCUAGCGAAUCUGAUACUGGUUUUUCACAACAUUCUAACAAUAGUUUUUACAAUAAAAAUAAUGAACUAUAUGGAAAUAAUGCAAUAAAAAAGUUGUAUAAUAAUAAAAUUGCUUCAAAUUAUGUAAAAUUUGAUAAUUCACAAAAUGAAAAAUAUAAUUUGGGAACUGAAACAGAAUCACGGGGUUUAUAUUUUAAUAAAAAAAAUAAUGAUUCUUAUAAAAAUGUGUCAGAAAAUAUGAAUAAUUAUAUUAUACAAACAAAUAAUAAUUUUAAUAAUACAUCAAAUGAUUAUUCUAAAGGAGCCAAUAUAAGUGAUGAAAAAAAUGGCUAUGUGUUUGAACAAAAUUCUGAAAUUCAUAACAAAAACAUUAAUAAUGUUAAUAAUAUUGAUAAAAGUGACGAGAGUUUAGAAAAAAAAAUAUAUCAAACGAUAAGUAAUAAUAAAGAAGCUCUUAAUAUUUUAUCAAAAUAUUUUAAAAAUAUAAAUGAAAAUGGAAAUAUAGAUCCAGCAACUUUGAAUAAUAUAAUAUUAGAAUGUAAAAAUAAUAAAGUUUUAGUUAAUAUUUUAAAUGGAAUAAAAAAAGAAAUUAAUAAUAAUAGUUUGGAUAAGUUAACAAAUGUAACAUAUGAUAAAGGGGCUAUAUAUAAUUAUGAAAAUAAUACAAAGACAUGUUUAGAUGUAAAACAGUUUGAUGUAGAAAAUAAUAAUGAUGUUAAAAAUAAAAACAAUCAAAAUAUUAAACAUAUUUUUAAAAGUACGGAUUUUGAUAAUAUUAAAAAUAAGUGGAAUAUGUGUAUAAUAAAAUACAAGGAUAAAAAUGUUUAUAAUAUAUUUAACAAUGUUGAAAAUAGUAUAAAUGUUAAUACAAAAAAUAUAGAAAUAUUUAAAUCACCAUUAUUUUGUAGCAACAAUUAUCAUUUAUCCAAAAAUAUAUUUUAUAGUAAUUAUAAAAUUGUAUUAAUACAUAAUGUGAAAUAUUUACUACUGGAAAAUAUUUUUAGCUUUAAAACUUUCCCUGAAAAAAAAAACACCUUACAAAACAAUUCAAAUAUACCAGUGGAAAAUGCUGAUAAUAAUAAGAAUAAUCCUAGUGAAUAUACUUCACCCUUUUCAACCAUAUCAUAUGCUGAUUCUAGUUUUGAUAAUUUUUGUCUUUUCUUUAACAAUUUUUGUCAAAUAUCUGAAUGGUAUAGAAAUAAAUUAAUUUGUUUUCUUGUAUACAAAAUAAUAAUUAUGGAUGAAGAAGAGGAUGAAUAUCACAGUUAUUAUAGUAUUUUUUUGAAGAUAUUAGACAAAAAUACAUUUGUUUUUUUUUUAUCAGUUUUAAUUAAUAUAAUGAAAAAUUAUUCUUUAAAAUUAAAGUAUAUGAUUAAUGUUAUAGAAAGAUUAUUACCAGUUUUAGCUAAAAAAAAAGAACAAAAAAAAAAUGUAAAAAACCAAUACAAUUCGAUAUCAAAUAAUUAUGCUGGUUCAAGUACGAAAAAGUACAUACUUUUUAAUAUACUUUAUUUUAAAUUACUUCGUUUGUUAUUUUAUAAAAUUGAAAAUUUUUAUAUUCAGAAAAAACAUUUAUUAUUAUUAUUUUUAAGAUAUAUAAAGAAUUUCUUAUUAAAUAUAUGUAACUCUACUAUAAUUACACAAUAUUUAUUUAUUAAAUGUAUAGAUUUAAUGAAUAAAUAUAAUAACCAACAAUAUAUUUUAAUAAAAACAAUUUCUAUGGAAAUUUUUUUACAAUUAUGGAAUAAUGAUUUUUUAAAAUUGUCUAUUUUAAAAAUGGGAAAAUCAAUAAUCAGAUUUAUUAUUUUUAUAAGUAAUGUAGAAUAUGUAAAUAAAAAUAUUUUUCCUUUUAUUUUAUCGUAUAUUGAAACAGCUAAUCAAACAGAUGCCCAUAGUUAUAUAUCAUCAUUUAUUCAAAAUAAUAAAUACUAUAAACAAAAAAAAAAAAGAUUAAAACAUUUUUUAUAUUAUUUCAACAGCUCUAAUGUGUUAUCUUUAUAUUAUGAUAAAACACAAAUAAAUAAAACAACUAUAUCGUUAGACGGAAACAUAGAGGACAGAAACGUAGAUAUUUCAAUAAACUAUGAUCAAAAUUCCAUUUAUGGAAAUACAAUUUUCGAUUUAAUACUUCAAAUAAAAGGUAGUUUUAAUUAUUUCAACAUUUUAAUAUCAAAAAAUGAAAAAACUUGUCUCGAUUUUUUACUUAAUAUAGAUAACUUAAACACCAAUUUCCACUUUCAUUUAUUUUAUGACGUGUUUAUUCAAAGCAACUUAACAAAUUUAGUGAAUGAAAAUAAAUUGGUUUACUACUUCGAGUGGCUUCUAAAUGAAAAAGGCGAAAAAAAUGAAAAAGGUGAAAAAAACGAUCCAGAUUGUGGAAUAAAAAUAAAGGGGAUAACUUCUUUGAAUGAGCAUUUAAAGGAAGAAAAGAAUUCCAUCACUUUACAAAAUAAAAGACAAAACAGUUUUAUAGAAAAUGAAAACAAUAAUUUUUCAAAAAAAGCAAAGUAUGCCGAUAUUGUAAAUGAUAAGUAUGAUUCCUGUAUAAUGAAUAAUGAAAAUGAGGAAAAAAGCGAUAAUGAUUUGAAAAAUGAAAUUAAUGAAAAUUUAUCAAAGUAUUACGAAAACACAGAAAACAAAAAUUAUAAUGAACAAGCAAAUGAAAAAGUGAUGUAUUGUUUGUAUGAACUAUUUAAAAAAAAUGAUGGAAUAUUAUCAAAAAUAUACUGUUCCCAUAUAAAGUUAAGUUUUUUUUUUAAUAUAUUUUUUUAUAAGGGUAAUGAAAUGAGCCGAAUAUUAUCAAGCUCUUUAUCUAUUUAUAGUAGAAAAUAUAAAAAUUUUAAAAGAGGAGAUAAUCAAAAGGUUAUAAAAUUUAUGAACAUAAAUAAUAUCACACAUUUUUUGAUAAUUAAAUUUUUGUUGAAAUAUAUAGGUAAAAUAAAAUGUAAUGAUGAUAAAGAUGACAUUACGAAUACAAAGGACAUGGAAAAUGAAGAAAUGAUUUCAAGUUCAGACAAAAACAUAUUUGCUUGUUAUAAGAUUUUAGAAUAUUCCUUGAAAAAAGAUAUAAACAACGCAAAUAGCUUUUUAAAUUAUAUAAAUAAAAUUAUAUUACAUUUAUAUGAAAAAAAAAGAGAAAAUAUAGUUUUAAGUUUAAUUAUAUCCUUUAGUAUUUACAAUUUCAUAUCAUAUAUUGAAGGAGGUGAUAAUAAAAAAACAAUUUUAGAAAAUAUGGAAAAACUUAAACUUAUUGAUAUAGUUAAUGAUAUUUAUAAAAAUUGUCUUAUAGGAUUUCUCUUAAAAGGAAAUAAUUAUUUUAUAGAUGAAGGAACGGGUAUUAUAAAUUUAGAAGAUGUAUAUAAUUAUGAACUAACAAAUCAUAUGAAAGUAAUUCCAAAAAAUAUUAAUAAAGAAAUAUUUGAUCUUGUUAAUUUUAAAAAAUAUAUAUUUCAAAAAGGGAAUUAUAAAAAAAUUGAAGCUAUAAAAAUUUGUAAAAAAAAUAUGAUAAAUAAUUUAUAUACUUCUGAGAUAUUAAAUUAUAUUUAUUAUAAUGUCUUAUAUAUUGUUAUUCAUUUAAUCAUGAAUAUACGAUUUUAUUACACCAUAUUUUUUAAUACAUACAAACAAAAUAUAUAUAAUUUUUCAAAAAAAACUUGUUUUAUUUUUAAAUUUGAAAACCAAGGCGAAUAUACCAUCAAGACUGCAUACUAUGAUUCUCAAAAUUUAGAAAAUAAUACAAAUUUAGAUAAUUUUUUUUCACAAAAUAAUCAAACAAAUCAGAAAGAUGUUAAUUUUGAUAAUAAAUACGUUUUAUUAAAAUUUCAAAGAGAUAAUUAUCAUCAUUAUAUAAAAAAAAAAAAAUUAAUAAUCAAAUAUUACAAAAAUGUUAAAAAAAAUAUAGUUAAAAAUUUAAAACAAUAUAUAUUAGUGAAUAAUUCUCAUAUUGAUGUCAAAACGUAUAUGAAAGAUUCUAUAUAUUUCGAUAUAUUAUUUACAUUUUACAAAUCUCCAAUAUUUAUGCAAACAAUAUAUUUUUCUCUUUAUUCUAAAAAUACAAAUAGAGCUAUUAAUGAUAACUCUGUUGAAAUAAAUUUUAAUUUGAAAAUUCUGAACCAAAUAAAAGAUAUAUUUUCAUUUAUUCAGCAAAUUAAUAAAAUUGUUUAUUUAGUUGUACAUAAAGGUUUAUUUACUCACAAAGAAAUUAUAUGUAUUCUAAACAACUGUAUAUUUGACAACACUGAUAUCAAUUGUAAUAAUUUUUGUAUUGAUUUUUUUUUUUAUGAAAUAGUUGAUACUUCUUAUUGUCUAAACAAAUAUACAAAAUGCAAUACAAUAAAUUAUAAAUCAUAUUGCAAUAAUAAUAAAACGAAACAAAUGACAUUGGACCAUCAGCAUAUUUACACAAACGAUAGGAACGAAGAUGAAAUAAAUUGGAAUGGGACUGAAAUAAAAAUAAAUAACUCAAAUAUUUAUAAAUCCAAAAAAUUUGGAAAAAGUAAAAAUUGGCUAUUUCGUUAUAGCUACAAAAAUGAGGAAAAAAAAAAAAAAAAUUAUUUUAACGAACUUUUAGAUUAUAUUGUAUAUUCAAUUAAUAAUAGUUACAAAAAAGAACGGAUAUUAUUUUGGAGUGAAUUUUUUUAUAGUCUUAAAAAUUUUGGAAUAAUUAAUUUUCAAAUAUUUUUUUAUUUAUGCUCAAUGCUAAAGAUGGUUAAAAAUAUGGACAGAGAAUCUAGAGAUGAAUUUAAAAAUAAACAAGUUACAAUAAUGAAAAAAAAAAUAAAAAUUGUCGAAAAAAUAUAUAUAUUAUAUUUAUUUAAAAUCGGAUUUAUUUUAAAUAUGAACAUAUAUGAAACGUUUGAUUUUUUAUUUUCCACAAUUACAAUUGUAUUUAAUUAUUAUUUUUUUAAUUUUUAUAUGAUUAAAAAGGUCUAUAAGAUUGAUAAAGAUAAAGAAAGUGUAGCAAAAUCUUUUGCAUCAUAUAUAGAAAAAGAUAUAGAAAAUAUUAUUUAUAAUUAUGAUCAAAUGGUAUUUGUUGAAGCUAUCAAAUAUGUAAAUGAUUCUAUAUUUUUACUAAAAAGCAUAAAAAAUUUGAUACUUAAAAGUUACUCAUAUAUUAAUAUAAUUAUGCAUAUUUCACCCCUCAAAGAUAUUAUUAUAGAUAUGAAUAAUAUAACAUAUUUCCAAAUAGAUAAUGAUCAAAAUAAUAAAAUAGACAAACUUUUAGAAAAAUAUAAAUCCUAUAAAUUUAACAAAAAAAUAAAGCAAACAAAAAUUGAUCCUUUAAAUGAAGAAUACUGCAAAGAUGAUUAUGAAACUUAUGAGGAAUCGAUAUGUUCAGAAAAGUUUAGUUCAUCAUCUAAUGAUGAAAUUGAAAAAUUGGAUGGUUAUUUGGAAUAUUUUUCAAGCCAUUUUAUGAAUAAUAGUAAUAAUAACAACAGCAGAAAUACUAAAAAAAUGAACAGUUUUGAAAAUGAGCAGAUAAACAAUAUUAAAAAAAUGUGGAUUUUCAAAAUUUUUAAAAAUUUUUAUUCCAAAUCAUUUAUUUGUUUUCACAAAAAUAAAACUGAUGAAAAUUUUUAUGAAAAUAAAAAAAAAUUGAUAUAUUUAUUUUUCCCAAAAUGUGUUAAAAAAAAGAAGAAAACAACGGAUUAUUGGAAUUUUAUUUUGGAUAAAAAAAUUUAUGAAUUAAGAAAAAGACUAACAAAAGACAAUAAUUUUAUAUAUAUGUCUAAGCAAGCUUUAUUGCUUAAAUGGAUAUUUCUACGACUAUUUAUUUUACAUAAAUAUAAAUACAAAACAAUGAAUAAUACCCAAACAUUUAAUUAUAUAUAUAAAAAACUAAAUUUAAUAUAUGAAGAAGAAGAAUUAAUUCGAUUUAACAUCCCAUCCGAUUUUAAUAUGAUUUCUUUAGGAAAUCAAAAUCUUAGAUAUAUUUUUCACAUUUUUUUAUGUCAUAUUAAUAAUAAUUUGAUUUAUUUAAUUAAUAAAUGUAUUAUAAUUUUCAAGACUGAGGAAGGAACAUAUAUUAGUAGAAAUACAACAAGUGAACAAAAUGAGAUAAAUAAAAAAAAGCAAAAAAUGAAAACAAAAGGAAUAGAAAAUACAGCAAUCGAUUGUAUAAACUUUUAUUCUACUAAUUUUUUACUAGCAUUUUAUCCAUAUUUAAUAAAAUCAAGAAUUUCUUAUGAUAUAUUUUUUAAUUUAUUCAAAAUAUAUUUCAAUCUCUAUUUAAUAAAUAAGCAUAAUAAUCGAUUGUCUAUAAAAUCACCGAUUUAUAUAAUUCUUUUAAUUUUUUCACAUCAAAUAACAAUUAGUAAAUAUGUCAUAUUUUCUUAUAUUAAUAAUCUUAUAAAUUUUAUGCAUUCAUCGUCCUUAUCAGACAUGUUUUGUCUCGACUCUUUAACGCACCAGAUUGUUAUGGAUAACGUCAGAGACAGCAUAAAAUAUUUCAUGAAAACUGCUACCCAAGAAAAUGCUGUGUUUGAUGAUAUAAUAAUUAGAUAUGACGCUAAUAACAUAUCACUGUUUUAUCAUAUGCUAUUUGGGAACUUUUGA